AUGUCUUCCAACCGCCACGGCCACGACAAUUCGCACAACGUCUCACGCGUCUUGUACGACCAUGUGAAUGGGCAGAACAACCGCAAUAAUAACCACAAUGAAUCCACCCCGCUCCUCCACAACAUCAUCCCCUCGCACAUCCACCCCGAUGGCGAGUCCGGCCGUAAGGGCUUCCACCCAUCCCACUUCAUCAACGUAGCCUGGCGCUCCGGCAGCAAUGCAGCAAAGUACACCAACCUCCUCUGGCCCUUUGUCAUCGUAGCCAUUGUGCUGCACUUUGCUGCUCCGUCAAUGCCCAUUGCCAUCUUCGCGACCAGCUACAUCGCCAUGGUGCCCGUAGCCAAUCUCCUGGGUUUCGCGGGCCAAGAGUUUGCAAGGAAGAUGCCAAAGGUCAGCGGAAUUCUGAUCGAGACUGCAUUCGGAAGUAUUGUGGAAAUCAUCCUAUUCAUCAUUUUGAUUGCCAAACAUCAUUCUAGGGAUGGUUCGAGCGAGCAUGGAAACCUCAUUCCGGUCAUCCAGGCGGCGAUCCUGGGAUCUAUACUGACAAACUUGCUGCUUUGUCUUGGACUCUGCUUCUUCGUCGGCGGCCUCCGCCAGAUGAGCCAGAAAUUCCACGCUUCCGUCAGCGAAGUCGGAUCCGGUCUGCUCCUCGUAGCCGGAUUCGGUCUGCUCAUCCCAUCAGCCUACUACUCCGCGCUCAAGGGCUCUGCGGUCGCUCACGCAUCAAAGCACCACGAGUUUACGGAAAAGAUCCUGCAGCACAACGUCCUCAGGAUCAGUCAGGUGACUUCCAUCCUCCUCAUCAUCGCCUUUUGCAUCUUCAUCUGGUACAAUGCACGCUCCCAGCACUCGCUCUUCGACGAAGUUCUCGAGGCGGACGAACAUGCUGAUCUGGACCACCACGAGGAUCUUGCCAAGCCGAAGUUUACUUUUACAGAGUGCAUGGUUGCGCUUGUCCUGUCCCUCGCUAUCGUCACGCUCCUCGCCGUCUUCCUCGUCGAGCGCAUCGAAGAUGUUGUUGAAUCUGGGGUUCCAGACCAGUUCCUCGGCCUCAUCAUGCUGCCGCUUGUCGAAAAGGCGGCUGAGCAUCUGACUGCUAUUGACGAAGCGUGGGAUGGUCAGAUCAACUUUGCCCUCUUCCACUGCAUCGGUCCGUCUAUCCAGACUGCUCUCUUCAACGCUCCGCUGGUGGUUAUUGUUGGCUGGAUCAUGGGUAAGGAUAUGGACCUCAACUUUGAGAUCUUCAUGAUUGUCUUGCUGGUGCUGGCUAUUGUUGUGGUGGGUAACUUCCUUAGGGACGGCGAGUCGAACUACCUUGAGGGCGCUAUGCUUAUCAUUGUUUAUGUCAUUGUGGCUGUGGCUGCGUGGUACUAUCCUAACCCUGAUGUCGCUACUUCGAAUGGUGCGGAGUAG